AUGGCCAGGAUCGAGAAGAUGUAUGAAGAGCCUCCACUGAUGCGCUCUUACCCUCGACUACCGACUGACUCCCAGCUGGAGGCUGAAAGUAACAGCCGUGUCACCUGUCAGGCACCUCUCAUUGAAGCUCUCCUCGGAGAGCCGGGUCUUGUACACAGGUCCAGAACUGGCCUUGUCUGCUGUCGAGCUCUGCCCUCUUCUAUACGAACCAUGCGUCCCUUCCCAGUUCGACGCAUCCGACCACAG